GGGUGCACACACACACGUGAGACAGUGCAUCCUGGACUGAGCUUCUGCAACAGCUCCAGUUUCUUCAAGUGCAGCUUCUCCCACCUCAGAAAGAGACAUGGCUAAGUGUAAGCCGUGGCUGCUGUGCUGUUUUGUCGUGGUGUGUUUAACAUGCGUGGUUUCGCUCGUGUGCGUGUGGGUCGCUUUACUGGAAGCUGGACGAUGUUCCAGCGGCAGCUUCAGGCGCGCGGCUGUGUCUGCAGACUCGCAUCUUUGCUCAGACAUCGGCAGGACCAUGCUCCAGCAGGGAGGAUCAGCAGUAGAUGGCGCCAUUGCAGCUCUUCUGUGCACGUCCGUGGUCAAUCCUCAGAGCAUGGGGAUUGGUGGAGGGUCUAUAGUAACCAUACGAAAUAAAACAGGCGGCGUUCAAGUGUACAACUUCAGAGAGACGGUGCCACGGUCAUUCAAACCAAAUCUGUUAAACGACUGUUCCAAACACAGGAUCAACAUAGGCAGCCAGUGGAUCGGCGUUCCUGGGGAACUGCGUGGCUAUGAAGCCAUUCACAAACGGUAUGGGAAGCUGCCUUGGGCUAAGCUGUUUGAGCCAACCGUCAAACUGGCCAGAGCGGGCUUACCUGUGUCGGACCUGUAUCUGGCACGGCUCCUGAAUCAUACGCUUGUGAAAGGCCUUGUGGAAAAUUCACCUCUCUGUUCUUUGCAAAUUUUGUGCAAGAAUAAGACUAUUCUGAGCAAAGGAGACAUCCUCAAGUUUACCAAACUUGCUGAUACCAUGGAAACCAUUGCAGAGCAGGGGGCAGAUGCCUUCUACAUGGGCAAGAUAGGACAUGACUUGAUCCAAGACAUACAAGCUGCAGGUGGGACGUUGAAAAUGGAGGAUCUGAAGUCGUUCCAAGUGCGAGAGCAGGAUGCUUGGACAGUCCCUUUAGGGGAUUUCCAAAUGCACCUCCCGCCACCGCCUGCUGGAGGCGCCCUGCUCGGCUUCAUUCUCAAACUGAUGAAAGAGUUUUCCUUCACCCCGAACUCUCUGGACGGUGACCACAAGAUUCAGAUGUACCAUCAUUUCAUAGAGGCACUCAAAUUUGCAAAUGGACAAAAAAACACGAUAAGGGAUUCUUUCCUACAUAAAGGACAGAGUGCGCAUCAUUUGAUUGAUUCCUCCUUCAUCAGUCGCAUCAAAAAGAUGAUUUCUUCAAACUGCACCCAUGACAACCACUACUACAAUGUCACGCCUUCCCCCGAUCACGUGGGGACGACACACGUGUCAGUCCUGGAUGAGGAUGGACUGGCAGUCUCUGCCACCAGCACCAUAAACCAAAUAUUUGGAGGAGCCAUAUAUUCCCCACAGACGGGCGUCAUCCUCAACAAUGAACUGUCUGACUUUUGUGGCAGAACAGACACAGUGAGUGCAGGGGAGCAGCCUCCCUCCUCAAUGACUCCUGUGAUACUGGAGUCAAAGUCUGGAGAACUCCUUGUGAUAGGUGGAUCAGGAGGAAGUUUGAUCCCCACUGCAAUGGCCUCGUCCAUAAUACAUCACUUGUGGCUGGGGAUGAAUCUGGAAGAUGCCAUCGCUGCUCCGAUAGUGUUCGUUGAUUCAAAGAACAAUGUGAAUUUUGAGCUUGGUUUUGACAAGUCUGUGAAAAAUGGCCUCUUAGGUUUGGGACACAAAGAAGGAGACUGGAAAUUCUUCUUAAACGUCGUCAGUGCCGUGAAAAAAGAGAAAGGCUGCAUCGUGGCUGAGUCGGACAAAAGGAAGAUGGGCGUGGCCUCUGGAUACUGACCACACAGACUACAGUGAUGCAACACAUUUCUUUUAAAAAUCUGCCCGUAGGACUUACUCAAACAUUUGCCUUAGAAUAAUAAAUGUGCCACAUCCCUGACAACAAAAUGUGAGUCACAAACAAAAGAACACCACUCUUGGUUAUAUGAACACAUGUAUACACUCGCACAGCAGCUUUGUAGAUAAGUGUUCCUUCCUGUUAGAGAUCUAGUUUGGUCAUUGGUCAAAUUAAAAGGAGAAAAGUGUUAUAAGUCUCAUCAUCAGACCACAUAUAGAUGUGAUGCUUCACGUUCUAUAAUUUUUCUAUAUUUCUAUCUACAUUUCUUUCAUGGUAUUUGGAAUAGUUUGAAAAAGUCCAUUGACACUUUAGCCUCUACGCCUCGGUGUUUCUCGCCAAAUGAUGCUCACAGGAACUUUGUCUAUGUUGGCUUUGUUUCCUUUUCCACUCCCUACAUCAUGGUUAUUCAUACAAGUUAUCAAACAUCUUGAGGGAAUAGUUCAGGUUUUUAUAAAGUACUGACACAUAGUCAGUGUGUGUGUGUGUGUGUGUGUGUGUGUGUGUGUGUGGGUAAUCACCUUGAAAUAUUAAUUCUUUCCCGCUCAACACCUGGUCUCCAGCAGAGACACAAGAGAAAACAGAUUUUAGCCACUCAACUAAAAGUUAACCUAAGAAAAUGAUGUGCUCUACUUAAGUCCAAAAUAUUUUUUUAAGAGAAUGCUCAGACAGGCUUUUUUUAUAAACUGAAAACUGAAGUUUGUUCGCAUACCAAAGUCCAUAGAGAAAAGCAGCUAUUUUAAAUCAUGGCACAGUAAGUUUAAAUGUGUUAUGUUGUGACUUGAAAAUACUUUUUCAAAUGCCUUUUUUAGAUUUUCUCUAUGGACUUUGAUGCAGGAAAAAAUAGUGGUUCACAAAUUUCAGUUUCCAAUUGGAAAAGGCUGUGUGUGUGUAACUUUAAUGUAAAACAACCUUCUUAAGAUAUCCUAGAUUUAUGCAGGCAAGGAUUUUAUGAGUUAAGUCUAUUCUGUAAAUCACUUAAAUCAUAUUUCCCUUGUGUUCUCAGUGUGACUCUGCCUCUUACUUAAAUAAAACCUGCUGCUGAGAUAAUGCUUUAAUAUAGCAUAGGAUUACACGUUCCUGACUCUUCCUGACUGUUGUGUGUUGUGAGACAAAGCCAAACUUCUGAAAAGUUGAAAAGUGAAAGUUUCUGUCCUGUUUACGUCGAACAGUUUUACUGUGACUUUCCUGACUGACAUGAGGUAAAUGUUCUAAGCAGAAACCUUUUACUGUGACCUUCUCUCUAAAUGUGCGACAGCUUUUAUUGAUCUUCUACAGCAAAUCUUCCUUCAAAGAUUAAGAAAAGUUGUCAGUCAGUCAGUCAGUUUUUUUAUUUUUUUUGCACUGUGAAUAUGUAAUUUGACAUUCUGUCUACUUUUAUAUGUAAAUAUUUUUUUAAAGGCUCUGCAUAACUCUGCAAACUGCAUAUUUUUAUGCCGCUACAAUUAAAACAAGUCCAAAACUAAA